CCUAUUCUAGCAAAAGGUCCAAUAAUGGCUUAUUAGCCAUGAAGACUGUCUGGAAGAGCUCUUCUGAAUACUGGAAACCGUAACGCGUAAUUCCCUUGAUGUUUCUUUUAUAACUUCGGUUGACCAUUAGGAAGCUUUAUUAGGUACAUUGUACUCAGCUUGUCCAAUGACACCAGAACAUAGCAUGACCAUGUAACUGCUCCUGGACCUGUAUGCGCCUUCUGCUAAUCGAAAAGUCCCCUGCAAGAGGAAGCCUUUCUGCAACAUAUCUUCAGUAAAGAAGUCGAUCUGCUGUGGGCGCUUGUCGCCGACAAUGGAGGGCAACCUGGUGGUUUUCGCCGGCGUGUUUGUGAUCCUUGUGGCCAUUCUGGGCAUCCUGGGCAACCUGCUCACCAUCGUAGCUCUGGCGCGGUCCCAGCGCUUCCGGAACGCGUCGGCAGCCUUCAUUGUGAGCCUGUCUGCGGCCGACCUCUGCUUCUGCGCCUUUAACUUGCCCUUUGCGGCAUCCCGUUUUCUCAACGGCCUCUGGCUUCACGGAGAGACGCUCUGCUGCCUGGUUGCGGCGGGAAGGUACUUCAAUGUCGGUAUUUCGCUGCUCUCCAUCACGGCCAUCACUGUCAACAGGUACGUGCUGAUUGUGCGGCCAGGCUCUUACGAGCGGCUGUACAACCGGCGCAAUAUCGGCCUCACCAUCGGCGCCACCUGGCUUGUGCCACUGGUGGUGCUCCUGCCCACGCUGGCGGGUGUCUGGGGCCGCUUCGGCCUGGACCAACGCGGCCUGAACUGCUCCAUCGUGGCCGUCGGUGGACGCUCGGCCAAGGCCUUCCUUUUCGUCGUUGCCUUCCUGGUGCCCUGCCUGGCCAUUGUCUUCUGCUACUUCCGAAUCUUCUGGACGGCCAGACAGUCCAGGCUCCAGCUGGAGUCUCACGGGGACGCUGCAAAGCGCCGACAGGACGAGUGGCGUCUCACCAGAAUGGUGCUCAUCAUCUUCUGCUCCUUCGUAGCCUGCUACCUGCCGAUCACCAUCGUCAAGGUGGCCGACGCCGACUCUCGGCACCCCAACGUGCACCUGGUGAGCUACCUGCUGCUCUACCUGAGCGCAUGCAUGAACCCCCUCAUCUACGGCGCCACGAACCGGCAGUACCGGCAGGCGUACCGGGCGCUGCUCGUCGACUGCCUGCCGGCCACGGCUUCCCAGGACUCCGAAGACCAGCAGCAGCAGACGACGCCCUCAAGCAGGACGCUAGUGUCCACGGUCGGAUCGCCGUCGCCGCCGCAACAGCCCAUGCAGCAUUUCGGCACACAGCGCUGA